CUGUUGCAGAGUACCAGUCCUUGUUCCUAGUGGCAAGCCUUCGGUCUCACCAGGCGAAAAGCACAGGGCAAGCCCAUCCCAUUGCCACACCGCUUUGUGCUUCCGGACGUAUAGGCACAACUAGCCGUACUCCAGGCGUUUUGCGGCGAUCCAGUCGGCUUGUUUCCUUUGACCGUAACGUAUUGAGAGUGCAGGCUGAAGAACGAGCCAUUGUCAACCACACAAAGGACCUCACUUCUCGACAGUGAGGAUGCCGCUUUCAACACGCGACCACCAGUUGUGAUCAGGAUGCGAAUAACUUUUCCAAAUUGGAGUUAGAUUAAUACUGGCGGCAUUAAAUAUGUGUCGUUCGGAUUAGUGGACUAGCUAAUUUACAAAACGUAGCCUACAAUAAAUUUCGCUUUAUCAUCCAGUUUGCUGCUCAAUCCACAUCUAGGAAAACGUUAAUUUCCAAGGGGCGAAAACGAGCGUUGUUAAACUCAUAAUCACUCAUGGCAUAUAUCCUCGUGAUUUUAUAAACAAACUCUUAACUGAUUUUACUGGAACUGGGUUUAUACUUUGAAGUAUAUUUUGCAUAUACAUCUAGCUUCAAGAUGCAAUUUAGGACAGUUGUGGAUGUGAAAGUCGUGGACGUGGAAAAGAGGCGCAAUCCUUCCAAACACUACGUGUAUCUCAUCAAAGUCACCUACUCCGACUCCAGCUCCCAUGUCAUCUACAGGAGAUACAGCAAAUUCUUUGACCUACAGAUGCAGAUCCUUGACAAAUUCCCAAUUGAGGGAGGGCAGAAAGACCCCAAAAAACGGAUCAUCCCGUUCUUACCAGGUAAAAUCCUGUUCCGACGAAGUCAUGUCCGAGACGUGGCGAUGAAAAGACUGCGCUUCAUCGACGAUUACUGCAGAGCUCUCGUGCGACUUCCCACUCAAAUCUCCCAAAGCGAAGAAGUCCUGAGGUUCUUCGAGACAAAACCGGAUGACCUCAACCCCCCAAAAGAGGACUUCGGUACCUCCAAACGCAAGUCAGUGUGGAUGUACUGUCUGUCAGGGAUCCCGAAGAAAGAGGUGCCAGGCAUCGACAGCUCGGACCCCAUGGUGCUGGAGCAGUACGCGGUGGUGGCCAGCUAUGAGAAGCAGGAGAACUCGGAGAUCAGCCUGCAGGCGGGCGAGCUGGUGGACGUCAUCGAGAAGAGUGAGAGCGGCUGGUGGUUUGUCAGUACUGCGGAGGAGCAGGGCUGGGUUCCUGCCACGUACCUGGACUCCCAGAAUGGCACGCGGGAUGACCUGGAGCUGAGCACCGCCAGGGCGGGAGAAGUUACUAAGAGACGAAAGGCUCACCUGAAGAGGCUGGACCGGCGAUGGACGCUGGGUGGCAUUGUCAACCGACAGCAGAGCCGAGAGGAGAAAUAUGUUACAGUGCAGCCGUACAGCAGCCAGGGGAAGGAUGAGAUCGGGUUCGAAAAAGGUGUCACCGUGGAGGUUAUCCAGAAGAACCUAGAGGGAUGGUGGUAUAUCAGGCACCAGGGCAAAGAAGGCUGGGCCCCGGCGUCGUACCUGAAGAAGAUGAAGGAAGACUUCUCCCCGAGGAAGAAGACCCUGACGGGCCCGGUGGAGAUCAUCGGGAACAUCAUGGAGAUCAGCAACCUGCUCAACAAGAAGGCGGCGAGCGAGAAGGACGUGCAGACGGACAACGAGGAGCGGCCCGAGGAGACGCAUAUCACCAAGAGGGAGAUCAGCCUCCCCAUCCCCUGCCAGGCCCCCCCCAGCACCGCCGCCCUGCUGGACGUCAAGGGAAGGACGGAGCCAGGGUCCCCGGCCGUGGCCCGCAUCGCCCCGCACCGCGUGGAGAUCGGGGUUCAGGCUUUAGCUUUGCCACCUCUUCAAAAGUUAAAGUGCAAGUCCCGUUCAGGUUCUCCAAACCUCAGGCAGAAACCUCCACCUCGCAGAGAGACCAGUCUGGGAUUUCAGUUACCUAAGCCACCAGAGCCCCCUACUGUUGAGGCAGAGUACUACACCAUUGCAGAGUUCCAGUCCUGUAUAUCUGAUGGCAUCAGUUUCCGUGGUGGACAGAAGGCUGAUGUUAUAGAGAAGAACUCGGGUGGCUGGUGGUACGUGCAGAUUGGGGAAAUGGAGGGUUGGGCUCCCUGCUCCUACAUAGACAAAAGAAAGAAGCCCAACCUAAACAGGAGGACCAGCACACUGACCAGGCCAAAAAUCCCGCCCCCAGCCCCGCCAAUCAAGAAGCAGGACUCUGAAGAGUCCGCCCCACCAAGCAGCCCCGCCUCCAAAGCCCCCGAGUCUCCCAGCAAGCCCGUGUACGAGGAGCCGGAGUACGACGUUCCCGCAGUGGGGUGUGACCUGGACCCGGAGCUGGAAUCUCUCCCAGGGGAGUCCUCCAUGGACAGGAAGAAGGAGGAAGUGGUCCCUGAGAAGUUCUCCCAGCCACCUCCCCUGCACAUCGCCUCCUUUAAGGUGGGGGAGUCCAGCGAGGACGUCACCAAAGAGGAGGAGUCCAUCUACGAGAACGAUGGCUUCAGGGCCUACGGUGAGGACACGGCCUCCAGCAAAGAGUCCGGUGGCGACUCGGACUCCCCGAAAACAAAGUCCUCCUCGACGGCUCGCAAACUCAUGGCGUCCCGGUCUUCGGUGGGGUACGGGAGAGCCGUGAAGAAGGUCCAGCCUGAACUGGCCCGAAGCCAGUCCCUAAAGAAAGCCGAGGAGGUCAGUCCCAGGCCCCCCUCAGACGAAUCCGGCCGGUCCGUGACCAGGCAGGCGGGAGCCAAGAAAGACCUGGAGGGCAAGAUGGGCCAAAGCCCCUCCACCAAACCCAAGCCUGUGGUCAGACCCAAACCCCUCCUGGCUAAAUCUGAGUCCCAGGGCCCGGACAAGAUGGACAUCAGCACCCUCAGACGCCAGCUGAGGCCAACCGGCCAACUGAAACCUGGCCUGAAGGCCUCCAGAGGCGAAGACUCGGAAACUGCCUCGGUCAUCUCCUCGGAAGACUCGGUAUGCUCCCGGAGCACCUCCGACCUCUCCAGCACCUACUCCAAGGGCAGCAGAGGAGACUCAGAUUUCGAGGGCACCUUCUACAGGACGACGGACAGCUACGACAAGGUGCAGGACUCGGAGAUCAGCUUCGCGGCGGGGGUGGAGGUGGAGGUGCUGGAGAAGCAGGAGAGCGGCUGGUGGUUCAUCCGCUGCGGGGACUCGGAGGGCUGGGCGCCCACGUACUACCUGGAGCCCCUGAGGUCGCAGUCGGACACGGCCGGAUCGGAGUCGGACGGCACCCCCACCAAGCAGGGCAGCAUGAGCAAGUCCAACAGCCUGGAGAAGAACGAACAGCGGGUGCAGGCCCUCAACAACAUCAACCAGAACAUGAGGAGGUCCACCCCGCCCAUCCCGUCCAAGCCUCCGGGAGGCUUCGGCAAGCCCAAAGGCCUGGUCAACAGCGCCGUCAAGCUGCGGAACGGGGUGCGGCAGCUGGCCGUGCGGCCCCAGUCCGUCUUCGUCUCCGCUCCCGUCAAAGACACCAACAUCCUCUCCGGCUCCCUCAGGAGGAACGAGUCCCUGACCUCCACCGACCAGCUCAAAGCCGCCGCGGCCGUGCGGCGGAACUCGUCCUUCAACGUGGUGCGGCCGCAGGUGGCCGACGUCAGGCUGAGGCAGCCGGACAAGGUGGGCACGGGAGCCCCCGAACCCCUGAGCCAGGUGGCCCAGAGGAACGGCAUCCCCGUCUCCACCGUCAGGCCCAAACCCAUCGAGAAGUCCCACCUCAUACACAACAACCUCAGAGAAGUUUACAUCUCCAUAGCUGACUACCGCGGAGACGACGAAACCAUGGGAUUCCCGGAGGGGACCAGUUUGGAGGUUCUGGAGCGAAACCCCAAUGGUUGGUGGUACUGCCAGGUUCUGGACAACGCCCGUCCCCAGAAGGGCUGGGUGCCCUCUAACUACUUGGAAAGAAAGAAGUAACCUCUUUUACUUGUUCAGAAUAAUGCAAGUUCUUUUUUUAAAACAAUGAAAACAAACUCUAAAUGGAAAGAAAAGACACUUUAGUGCUGGUUUACUAAAAUGUAUACGUGAAGACUGUUAAAGAAAAAAAAAAGAAAAAAAAAACAAACAAAAAUAACUUAAGUGUUGUAUUGUCAACUCGAGAUGAGUGACAGAAACUGGGGGUGGCCACUCCCAGUGUCUUAAAAGUUGGGUGGGAUGGUGUUUCCAUUGAUAUUGAGGGUAAAGGAAGGUUAUUGGCUCCUUUUUCAAAGGGCUUGACGUAAGUAUCCAAAUGAUGCAGGGCCAUGUUGUGUGCGGUCAUACCUGCACACAGAUUAUCUCUUUUUUUUUUAUGCCAAAUUGGUGCCUUUGUUGAUUUCAAACAGGAUAUAUAUAUACUGAAGAAUCAACCAACCAGGAGUAAAUCUGAAAAAAGACCAAACUGAAUUCAGUGCCAUAGGCCUAUGUGCAUGGGACGUCACCAAACAUUAUUUUGUUCUCUAAAGUCUGAGAUAAAGAAAGCUUUCCACACAAGGAUGUUAAAGCAAGAGUUGGAUCAAGCUUGAUUGCUUACAAGAAACAGGGAAAAAAUGUUUAAAGUAAAAAACAACAACAUGAAAAGGGUGUUGUGGACUCAGUAACAGCUUCUGAGCCCAAUAAAAAAAGAAUCCUUUGUUCUUUUAAAGGUUUUUGUAUGUUUUUCGGUCUUGUAUGUUCUUGACUUCCUUAGAGAUGUAUUUCUGCUGUUGUCUUGUGACAUCCAAACUACUCAUGUCAGCCUAAAAUUUGAAGUUCCUUUGUCCAUCAGGCAGAUUUUCUGUUCUGUUGCAUUUUUGUCAGACAGAUCUACUGUUUGUGGACACAUUUUCAUUGGUUUUAAUUUCUAAUGUGUGCCUCACAUAAGACUGAUCAUUUCAUUUUUACGAAUUUAUACAGCUAAAAUAAAUUAUUGCAAAAAUAUGUUAAUACUGUUAAGCUUGAAAUAAACUCAUCUCAUAUAACCAAUGAAGAAGAGAAGCAGAAAUAAAUAAAACUCUUAAUUACUGUUUGAGUGAUUUAAAAAAAUCUGCCCGCCUUGAAUCCGUGUUUACCCUCAAUGGAGAUAGGUUUACAAUAUGUAAAAGUUUUUUUUUUUUCUUUUUUACAUGUAGGUCCAAAAGAAAAGAUAUUCUGUGUAUAUUGCUGCUUCAUGUGUUCAUCUUCCACUGCUGUUGCAGUGGUAUAGGAAAUAGUUUACUGAGAACACAAAUCUUUACUGGAAGUUAGAUGUAGUAAUUGCCAGUGUAUCCCAGGGAUGUAGUAGCAUAGUGUCAAACCCAAAAUGUGAUCAAACCAAAGAUGGCCUGUAUAGCUUUAGUGUUGUAUUGGUGGGUACCCAGAAUAUGGUAUGUUCAUCAGAAUAUCCAAAAAGGUUUCGGAAAAGCUGAAUAGUUUUUUGAGAUUGUUAUGGUAUUGAUAUCUGGAAGCACUUGAUAUCCUUGCCCCAAGACAAAUAAAAGCACAUAUUGUCACGCAGGGUUAAUUUCAUAAGGACAUUCUAAUAUUGCUGUGCAGUAUUAUAUAUAUUUUUUAAGUUGAAUUUUAGGCAGUGGAAUUGACUUUUAGUUUAUCCUGUACCUUACUUAAAGUACUGCAAGAUUCUCAGCCCUUAAGAAUAUUGGGAAAUAAAUCCAAAGGAUAGCAAUUUGAAACUAGUUGAAGAAAAGUUGGAGCCCCAGUCAAGGAUGAAAUUGACAGUGGAAGGAACGUUAACUGAUUUCUCAGGUUUACAUCCACUGAUAACAAGAGUGAUGAGGUUUCAUUCAAAAUGUAUUCCCUUCUGAAAUACUUUAGACAUGGCACCAAAAAACCAAAACUACUUCAAAUGGCUGAUGUUCAAGACUGCUGAAAUAUUUUUCUAACGAACAUUUCGAGCUCUGCGGCUGAAUUAAACACUAACGUUUUUCAUUUUAAUUUCUGCUGGACAGUAUUAAGUAUAGUAUUAGACAAAGUACAGUACCUGCUAGAUUGCAGUUAUGCUUUAUAUCGCAGAAAGUAGUGUUGUGUGAUUACACGUGAACAAUAAUGAUGAAUGAAGUGGUUCAUUUUUGUGAAUUAAUGCACUUUAUAAUGUCAAAUCUGAGUGCAUUACUUAAAGAUGCAGUAUAAUUAUUCAAAAUCAGCACAUUAUUUAUUGAAUGGAAAUUGUUUCUUUUUUUAUUUAUAAUUAUUUAAUAUUAUUAUUUUUCUUCGUACAUGUUAUACAGAAUAUGUAACACUGUCUGUCACAAGAGUAGUUGUUGGCUACAUUAGCAAAUAGGUAUUUUGCUUCGGGCUGAGAUGGAGUGACCUUCUACUUAUAAUGUAAAUGUUUUUCUUUAGGACUAAAAAGCAAACAUGUUGCCAGGUCUUGUUAUCUCUAAUGGCUGCCCCAUUUUGUCUGAGACAAAUCAAAUGUGGCAGAUUACCAUCUGACCGUGUUUGGGAGCCCAACAGAUGGAAAUGUCUGUUAAGGGAGUAAUCUCUUUUAUAAAAUGCCAAUGACUAUGUAUCAUUUGAAUCAACAACUGUCAGGUUAUUUCAUUGAAAGUUUAGAGGAAAGGAGGAAAGUAUUUGACCUCCCUCAGACCGGAAAGGUAAUUAUUUAUGAUGCAUUAAGUGGACUGGGCCAUUGCUUUUUCUAAAUUAGAGAACAUUUACUAUAGGUUGGAGUCCCAACUGUAGGUCAAGUAACUUGCUUUGUGAGACACCUUAAACACAUUCCCUGCCUGAUGUUGGCGACCUCUUGUGAUCGAUAGCUGUUACUGCAGCAUGUAUGUUUUUGGCUUGUUGCUCCCAGAAAAACUGAAGCAAAACAAAACAAAAGUAUGUAUCAAAAUAACUGUAUAUAAAUUGAAUGUUUCCAAGUAGCAGUGCAACUAACUAAAUUAUUUCAUAGAUGUUUUAUCUUAUUUGGCGACCUUAUCUUAACCCAACUCUCAAAUUAUUCCUCUAAUGCUGUAUACUGCAACUUUAGCAAUAAUGGACACUUCUUAUGUCGUUAUUGGGCUUUAUAUAAUGCCUGAUUGUUUGAAUAUUUAUUUUGUAAACAACUUUUUUUGGGGCUAAAUGUGGUUGGGCUAUCAACUUUUAAGAAAUUGAAUAGUAAUAGACAUAGUAAUGAAAAGCAAUGCAUUUACAGGACCCAGAGUCCAUUCCAUGCCAUGGCUCUGUGUGGUGUACUGUAAAUGUCAAAAUAACAAAGAAAAAUAACAAAAACAAUUUACCCCACCGGUUUUUCUGUUGAGUAUGUUUAGCAUAGUAUGGACCUGAGUAAAAGCAACAGUCCUACAAAGAAAAACAAGGAGUAAAAACUACACAGGUCAAAUAAACUCAGUUUUAACAAAGGGAAUAAUCAUGUGACAAACUGGGUAAUAUCAUCAAACAUUUCACAGCCUUUUUAAUUCAUUUUAAAUAGUUUUUAUUGGGGUGUUUAUGUUAUGAUGCCAUCAAUGAUACACUUGUUUGAAAGAUUUAAGUGUUUCCCCUGUUCUUUGACGAAGGCAUUAUAUAAACGUGUUAAUUCACUCUAACGUUUAGUUCAGCUCAUGUUAAAGGCAUUGGCUUUUGUUAGCGAAAUUAAAAUGUACACUGCUUGUUUGCAUCUCUAAAAUCACAAGGGAAUUGUAAUAAUAUAGUCACGCUAUAUAGUCUUUUCAUACUAUUUAGUUGUGUAGUGGUUAGUCUUUUAUAUUUUUAUUUUGUAUUGUUUUAAUGAUUUGUUGUUGUUCUUCCCUUUGUAUUGUCAUAGUCCACAAAUUAUAACAACAAGGAAAUGUGCAAUAGAAUGUAGGCAUCUCACCACAGCAUAAGCAAUAGAUGAUAGGAUGAUUUCAACACUAGAAUGAUAAAUCCCUUCUACUACAAGUAAGCAGGAAGUGUGGCUUACCUUCAGUAAAAAGAGUUCCUCGUAGCAUCUCUCACUGAUCCUGCGAUCUGAACCUGGGAAAUGUAGAUACUGUGCAUUGGCACGGUCAUUAAAUGCUCACAUAUUUGGGUAACAAUUUACAAAAAAUAAUUAUACAUUGUACAAGCACUAUGUGGAAAUGAUCAGUUAAAUCGUUGUUAGCCAGAGUAGACUGUUGCAUUGCUGUCCUGAGAGUCUUCAUCCAUGCCAGGUCUUCUGAGGGUUAUAUAUUUUUUCAAGAAUUAAAAAAUCACAAAUCACAAAAAAGACAGGAUAAUAUAGAUGAAAAAGUUUCGACUGGAAAAAAUUCCCAUUAUCGACCGCAAACUUAUAACAGGAUCUCAUUGUAGCCAUCUGCUGAGCUGUAAAUAGCACAUGAAUCAAUGACCUCAGUGGUAAUUGGUUUGCCAGAUGUUUUAUGUUCUGCCUCACAGUGGAGUGUGUGUGUGUGUGUGUGUGUGUGUGUGUGUGUGUGUGUGUGUGUGUGUGUGUGUGUGUGUGCAUGUCCGAUAUCUGUGAGGGACCAAAACAUUAUGGCAAUCUGACAUUUUGUGAAAUUAUUAGUCAAGCCAGGCAUAUUCCUCAGUUGCCAUGGUGAAAAUAUCUCUCUUUUUUUGUGAUCUUAGAUUCAUAUCCAGAGUUUUUCGGCAAAAAGAGACACAGAGAGGUCAUUGAUUUUUGAUGGGUGCAGCUCAAGAUGAUGGAAUUGCAACCAAUUCGGCAGGAGUUUAAACCUCAUUUUAUCCCAUUGACCACAAAACUGGAAUCUCAACUGGACUCAGAACAGCUGUUCCAGAUUUAAUACAAAUCUGAUCUAGAUAUCCAGUGUUAAAACUCAUUUUGUUUUGCAGGUGACCAAAUAUGUUACAGAUAUGUGUUGUAAUAUGCAGUUAAGUGUUGUAGCAUCUAACUUUAAUGAGGCUGAGAACAGUUAAAUGUACCUUCGAUACAGUUAUGUCAUGUGGUUUAAAGGUGUCAGCAUGACCAUGUGGUGAGAUUGCUUAGUCAACAAAAUAUCUGUAUUAUUGGUAUUGCAAUAGCCUAUAGGCCUACCAUUGGGAAGUAUACCUCUGUUUAGUUUUUAUCAAACCUAACCUUCCAUGUAUGCAGACUGAACGAGUUUCAUGUAGGCUACAGAUAAUUUAUUCUGUACAAUGUGGGUGAGGAGGAAUGGAGGCAUUGUGUCUUAAGUCGGGCACCUGACAUUCAGUUUUGACUUUGGUUUUAGUGUUCGGCGUUAACGCCACAUAUUGGGUUAUUAACGCAGCAAUUAAGUCAUGUCGGAGAAAAUGGAUUAGGCGGACCUACCACUGAAGAGUCCACCAAGUGAAGCAGUGUUUAUGGUACAGUGCCCAAUGUCCCACUUUGCCUAAAUAAUUUUCGAGGACUUCUCGGGCUUCAUACUGUAAGCUUGGUUAUCAGAUUUGAAAUAUUGAAACGGUUUCUUCCUUCCAAUCUUAAUUGACGUUAGCGCUUAAAUGGCCAUCAUCUUUUACUUUUCUGAUUUAACGUUGCAUUCUCCUUUUCGCCGCCAUGUUCCUCCGUGUCAGUAACACAGCUCCACUGUGGCUAGCUGCGUCUUGUGAAGGGUGAAUUUGUCAAAUGUCUGAGUAAGAGUUCGAGGUCUGUGAGAGCGUGGCGAUGGUGUGCGUGCGGGUUGUCGUGUGAGGGGCAAAAACAGGUCAAAAUACGCAUUGGAUUAAUUGAUGCUUGAAAGUUGAGGAAAUGAUAUAGAUACAUAAAUGGGGUUUAACUGUCGCAGCAGUGCAUAUAGUAUUGAUUCGACCAAUUUGAGAUUAUGUUUUUCAUGUUAGAAUACAUCAUUUUGGUUUGGAAAUUAUAUAGGCCGACAUGCAUAUUUAACUCGCUUUAAACGCAUAACUUCGCCUAAAUAUCUAAAUCGCCGAAUCAACAUUUAUUAGUUAAAUAUUUUACUGAUUGAAAAGUAUAUUUUUUCUCUGAUCUUUACAUUUUAUCGUGAAUUGGCGAAUCUCUUACAUCUUUACUGAUCUGUUGAUCGCAGUGAACCGAGUAAUUAAGUCAAAAGUAAGAUAGAAAGUAAAUCCUGGAGAAGCUUGAGGAGAAAGUUAGUUGUAUGUGUGUCUGGAUGAGGUGGUUAAUGUAUGAGGGGAUAUGCAAGUCUUUAUGUUUUAUUUGAAGGGUUAUGUGAAUCAUUGAAAGAAAACGGACAGAAGUACGAACGUUAAGGGCGCUAGUGGGCUUAUUUGGGGACGCUGUAAAGCUGACAGCUCUGGGCUUUAAGCUAUCUGAAAUCCCAGCGGAGGAAACAUCGUAGCAGUGUUUGUGUGAGUUAUUUGAAGCUGAAAAUGGAACAUGGUUGGCUGGCUUUUAUGUAGGCUAUAUCUUUGCAGAAGCUCUGUUGUCGUUUAACCUGAUCUCUACCUACCAGUGUUUAUUGUAACUGCAGGUGCAUGAUCUGACCGUUUUUUUCCCUCUAUAAAUGUUCAGCUCGUGCGGGAAGGAAUGAAAUACGAAUCAAAAACGUAAUGUAACCCCAAGCUUCAAAAAAGCUACCUAGAGCUACCUCCUGGUCCUCAGGUUCUGAUGGUUUUUGUUUUCGCAUUAAUAUCAGCUACCUAUUCUGAUCCAAGAAAGCAGGUUAGGUGAGUUAACUGUGUGAUUAACUGCUUUAAUUCAGUUAUUGGCGAGUAACAACAAAAGCCAGCACUCCCUGCAGCUUUCCAGGACCAGGAGUGAGGACCACUGACCUAGAGUAUUAACAUUGGAAUGGACUGCUGUUUUGUUUUUGUUUUUAGACCGACAAAGGCAGAGCUCUUACGUUUUCAUGAAUCAACCCCCUGAAUCAGACAAAAAACAAAAACCAAAGUCAGAAUCUGAUGUUCAUAUAGCCUAUACAAAGCCAAUAAAAUGUUAACGAUGACCUAAUCACAAUUUCUCAAGUUUCCUUAACAGAAUAUUUUAUUACUCAAGACCAAAUAUAGUUCUAACAAUCUUACUUGCAUGGCAGAAAUCAUAUACUUUUUACGCUUUGUGGUUGUGCUUAUGCAGAAUUGUGUUAGAUUAUUGGCAGCCCCUGUUUUCAAAUGAAACGACAAAAUUGAAAUAAAAGUGUAUCUUUUGUCUAUUGAGUAUCACAAGCACUGUAGCUUCUUCAUCUUCAAUAGAAUAGUGUAGUUUUGUAACUGUGUUUUAUAUAAUUAUGAUUUGUGAUCAUUUUGCAAUUGGGUUUGUAGUGCAAUGUGUAGCUACGUUUGGAAAGAGCAGAUGCAAGUGAAUUGGUUUUGUACAAUUAUCAGAAGUGGCCCUGGCACUCAAUACUUUUAUUUGAAAACAGGUGGCUGCCCUUAACGGUUUAUUUUGAAACUCUUUUUGUUUUGUUUUGUUUUUUUUUUAUAAACGAUUUGUUUGUAUCUCAUUCAUGUUUACAUUGUAUCAUGCAUUGCCCUAAAGAAAAACAUUAUAAAAUGUAUCGUUAUUGUUUACUUUAUUCCUUCCUCACUUAACUUUUUAUUUGACUAACUGUGUUUGCAUACACAAUGCGUAGGACUAUAUGUGAUUAUUGUCAUUCAUUCAAUCGCUUUUUCUAUCAGCAGCAUUGACAGCGCAGUUGUCUGAUAUUUCGUAAACUACAGUGACUUGCAAACAGGUAGAAUAUCAGCCAAACAGUAGUGAGAACGUAGAAGAUAAGCUAUUGAAAGUUGUGAAUGGUGAUGGAUGUCCUUGGAAGUCCAUAGACACAGAUGGUUGUGCAAUAGCUCAAAGCACAGGACACACACUGUGGGCGUCCAUUCAUUCUGGAAAGACGAAAACUGUGAAACAGAUUCAUUAUAUUCAGACAGAUGUAAACUCAAGGGUACGUUUGUCAUACGCCGGUUUGUAAAUUUGGAGUAAAUGCAUUUCCCCCUACAGUUUUCAAGGAUAUCACCUGGUCAGAAACGGUACUGUUUUCUAUCGUCAGAAGUACCUUUAGUGUCCAUUAGGUGGCAGUGUGAGACCUAUCACAAAACGUAAUCCCCUCGAUUGAAAUCGCUUGUUUGGCUUUAAUGAAACUGUGCGGUGUCCACAGUCCAUUUACAUUCAUUUAUCUCCAUCAAGUCAGAUAUUCUUCCGUAAAAGAUUUGUCUCAGUUCUUAUUGCGAAAGCUGUCUUUCAUCAGUGUGAUAAUGCAUGGGUUAUUGGGGUGAAUUGAUUAACUUGGGUAUGUUGUUAAUUGAGAGACGCAAGGAGAGGCAGUCAAUCUCAGACUGGACCAGAAUUGCAUCAAUACUCGUUUUGACCCAGGAAAAUAAUCUGCAUGAAAACACUUGCCUUUUUUGCUCCAGUUUUAAUGGAACCAUUUUCUUAUCUGCUGCACUGAUCAUUAUACUGCUUCACAUCUGGCCAUUUGCAUUUAAUGAAAAUUCCCGCGAUUCCUUGGAUGAUGUGAGGUCAUCCGGUAAUUUAUUUUCAGUUUCAUCCCUUCCCGUGCCUCUACUGUUCAAACACGAAAUAAGAGGAUUAAUAUGAUAUGAGACAGGGAAGAAAAAAAAACAGUGCACCUAAAGUGUAUCUGUGUGCAUGGCAACAGCAUAGCCGUAGUGUGUACCGAGUGUUGGUGCAUUUAUAACUUAAUAUUGUACGCAGAUGCUAAUAUAUUUCAACUUAGAGUAAAAAAAAUAAAAAGAUAUGUUUUUAGUUUUACAUCUUUAAGGAAACCAAGCUUAAAUCUCACCGCCCAUAUACUCGAGCACAUACACAAGCGCGAGAUUUGUUAAUUUACUAGGUACACUACCAUGCUUUUCCUGGCAGGUGGCAGAAAGCAAUCCACUACAAAUCGAACAAACUGGCUUCCUAUGUCAGUCUUUCUCUUCUGCUGGAACUGAGAGUGCUCUUUCUGCAGCGAGUGUCCCUCAUUACCAGAGCAGAUGGGACCCAGUCUGCAUAACUGCACUUUGCAGUACCACCGUGAGUAAUGGCGUUCUGUAUUAUUAAGGCUUUUAAUUCUGUUUCACAUAUAGGCCUACUGUACAGUAAAACCAUCCAAUUUCAGAACAAAGCAGGAUUACUGAGUUAGCCGGAUAACUGCACCGAGUAAACCCCCGGACCCAAAUGCAGAACAUGGACUGAAGACAAAAGAGCUGUGCCAUGUUUUACUUUGUGCAGUUAUCUGGGUAUCCCAGUAAUCCUGCUUUGUGGAACAGCGUCCUGGUGGUUACUGCUUGCACACAGGGGAACAUAGUAUUUUCAACUUUGAUUCUGAUGCAUUUAUUCAAGCGAAUGAAUAAAUUGUGCUAAAUAAACAGGCCCUUGUUGGACUGUCAAAGGUCA